AUGGCGGAGAUCGCCGAAGCGGGCCGUCAUGGGAAGCUGCCGGAGGAGCCGCGCGCCCACCGCAUGGUCUGUAAACACGCAUUCUCCUUCUCACCCGUGUACGCUGAGAAUGCUCCGACAAGACUUCCUUUCCACGAACUGAUAGUUGGUGUUGGAAUGAAAGCAUGCCAUGUGUUUCAAUUCAUCCUUCGGCUUGCCUUUGUUCUCUCAGUUUGGCUCAUGAUUAUCCCGUUCAUUACCUAUUGGAUAUGCCGGUUAACAUUUGUGAGAAGUCUUGGUGAAGCACAAAGGCUGUUCCUCAGUCACAUCAGUGCUCAGUUGAUCCUUAGUGAUUGCCUUCAUGGGUUCCUUCUCUCAGCUAUCAUUGUCCUUGUAUUUCUCGGAGCCACCUCAUUACGGGACUACAUAAGGCAUUUGCGUGAACUUGGUGGACAUGAUGCUGAGAGGGAUGAUGGAGGCCGUGAAAGGCAUGGUGCUCGGGCUGUCAGGAGGCUAGCUGGUCCUAAUAAUAGGGUUCCUGCAGAUGGAAAUAUUGAUGAAUUAGCAGAAGCCCAAGGAAUUGGUCCCGGUGAACUUCUGAGGAGGAAUGCUGAAAAUGUUGCUGCUCGAUUAGAACGACUUGAGGCUCAGGUUGAGCAGAUGCUUGAUGGUCUAGAUGACGCAGAUGGUGCAGAGGACGUUCCUUUUGAUGAACUUGUUGAUUACCACUGCUUCUCCAACCCCAACAGAAGACCCACCCACCACACCCGCACCACCAUAUACUUACUCAUCGACGCAACCCACCACGAACACAUCUACUUAUCGCACAUCAAGCGAGCGCAGGAGCUAGCUCAGGCGCGCGAGAGAUGGAGAAGGAGGCGGCGGCGCAGGCGCAGGUGCAGUGGCAGGGCGUGGUGGAGGCCACUCUGCCGUCGACGCCAGCCUCAGCGGCGUGGCCGCACAUCGCCAGCUUCUGCGCGCUGCACCGGUACCUCCCGAGCAUCGACGUGUGCGAGCUCGCGGAGGGGAGACGGCCGGCACGGGUGCGUCCGCUACGUGGCCUCGCUCGCGCCGGGCACUACCACCGGGGAAGUCGGCAUCUGGGCGCGGGAGAAGUUGCUGGAGAUCGACGACGACGCCCGCCGGCUCGCGUACUCUGUCGUCGGCAGCAGCAUGGGGCUCGGCAGCUACGUCGCCACUAUGAGCAUCAUCGUCGGUGACCAGGAGGAGGAGGAGGCAAAGGAACCGGGGUGCAGGCUGGUGUGGGCGUUCGAGUGCGACCCCGUGCAGGGGUGGACCUGGGACGGGCUCCUCGGCUACCUCGACGGCGGCGUCAAGGCCAUCGCCGCGCGGAUGGAGGAAGCCCAUGCCGCCGCCAGCGCCAGUGCCGGAGGAGACGGCGUCGUCGUCGUCGCUGCUUGA